CAGCACUACAGUGAAGUCAGAAAAAUGAUUCCGCUUUACAUGAACCAGCAAAAUAAGUAUAAGAAAAAAUAUAAAUAGCUGAUUCGGAUUAUAGCGGGAGAUCUUAUUUUGCUUUUCUCGGUCUCCAGCAUUCCGCGAUCUCAUACUUCCCAGUAGCACCGGCACCUGCUCGAAGCUUACCGUAUCACCGCAACACCCUUCAUGUAAGCUUAUCUGGCUUGGAAAAUAAACUACUGAAUUAGAUUCUGUUUCACAUCAUUUUCAUUUCUGUUUCUGCCAAUUUCGAGCGGCGACAGCUCGAUAGUAAUUUGUCUGGAGAGCAGGUUUGAAUUGAAAAAUGGAUCCGAGCAUUGUGGUAGAGGAGCAGGGUCCCUUCGGUGGUUCUGAUGAUCCGGACGGGUUCUGGGGUCAGCAGGGCUCGCCGGUGGUGGAGGAGGAGCAGCAGCCGGAGGAGCAACUCCAAUCCGAAAUCGCGGAGCAUGCGAUGAACAAUCCGUUCAGCGACGAGUUGCAGGGGCAAGAGGAGGAACCGCAUCAACCAGUGGACGACGGCGCGUAUUACCAACACGAUGAAGUGGUGGAUCAUGCUAGCGCCGAUCAGGAGCACCAGGCGGGUGGUACUAUGGAGGCGGAUGAACAGGACUUCAUCCAGGUCGACGAGAACAACAACGUGGACGACCACGACCAGCAGCUCGUGUUGGAGGAGGCUGCUGCAAACGAAGGACAGGACCCUGAAGGCACGGGGCAUGGUGCGGACGACCCGACCAAUUUUGCUCCGGAUAAUUCCACCGAGCUGCACCCGUCCGGCGUGCAGCUCGUAGAAAACCCGGACAGCGCGGCAACGGGCGCGGCCGCAGGCGAGGGCACGCCCGUGACCUUGACCCCGUCGCGGGCGGGCAAGGGCGACAUCGCGACGUACCAGACGUUUUCUUCGGCCGGUCACAAGGGCGGUUCGUACAAGGGCGGAAAGGAUCACGGGUCGUACAAGGACCACGGCGGGAAAGGCGGCAAGAAGUGGGGAAAAGGCGGAAAGAAGGACGACUUCAAGGGGAAGAAGGUGUUGAUGAACCCAGGAGUGGGCCCGCACGGCCACCCCGUGGGUCCCCACGGCCACCCGCCCCCCCAGACGGUGAUCAUUCACCAUCCCGGACCGCCGAUGAAGGGCGGGGCACCGCCGGCUCCGGCGUACCAGGUGAUCGGGCCGCCGCCGCACCACCUGAACGGCCCGGUGGUGCAGCAGCAGCCGCGCCACGCGGGACAGAAGGGCGGCCAGCAGAACGGCCCGUCCGCGCACUACGAGUACAUACAAGCCGCGCCGGGAGCUCCUGCAACCACCUCUGUCCGGUACGAGUACCACAACAGUUCGCACCAGACAGCGCGCCACCACGCGACACAGAAAACGACUCACACGGUGACCACCCUGACUGCGGAACAAAUGAAGGACUUCUCCCUGCGCCGCCCGGACGCCUACGCGAAAUUCUCAACGCAUAACGUGCGCAUGCACAACGGUACUCAUACAAGAUUUUUGCAAGCUAACUUAGUUUUUGCUAAGGGUUUCUUGCUUUUCAUCAUCAUGGUCCAUCUGCAGCAUCAUGCCAAUACAAUAUUUAGCAACUACAUCUAGAAUUGUUGGAAGAUAGAGCUGCAAAGAGGCUGAAAAAAAGCAACCUUCGGCCCCAGGUCUGUUCGAGAUUUCGCUGUCCCGGUGCUGCCCCGAGAAGUUUUUCGCUGAUUUUUUGGAUUGUUUGCACUGCUGGCUGCAGAAGACCCAUGGGGAAAUCGGGCCGUACCACAUCCGGUUGCUGGACGUUGGCGGAAACAAGUUGUCCAACUACGCGGUCCGGCUGCUGUGCGAGAAGCUGAAGGAGUGGCAGGUGCGCGUGGAUUUGUUGAACCUGAGCGGGAACUGCCUGGACCGGGUGGACGACCUGGUGAGCUACAUGUGGUACAGCGAGCGCCCGCUGCUGGCGCUGGGGCUGAAGAACAACCGGCUGAAGUGCGACGAGGUGAACGCAGUGCUGCGGUGCUGCUACAACCACGAGAACUACCCCGCGAAGUCCGAGGACGGGCGGCGGUUCGUGCCGCUGCGGAUCGAGUUGGAGGGCAACCCGUGCUCGGCCGAGCACGGCAUGCUGCCGGAACUGUUUUCCGCCGUGCACUAUGAAUUGCAAAUAUGUCUGGGUCUGGAAGGUGGUAACUUGCCAUGGUAAAUCUGAAGGAUACAAAAAUCUAUGUUGCAUGAGUGCCGAAAGCUGUCCACUUUAGACCAUUUUGGGAGGGAGUUUCUCAUGCAGGAUAGGCAUGGCAGAGACCUCGCAGAGUCUGUCAUGCUAAGUCCCGCAUUCCAGACCUCAUGGGUCAUGGACAAGCUGCAUGGGUCAUGGACAAUGGUAUCUGGUAUCUGGACAAUCUGCAUGGCAAGUUUACACUCUUCCAGACCCGGACAUUUUUGCACUUGAUACGCACCGCCAGGGCAAGGUCCACAUCUCCGCCGACGACUCGCCGACCCGGGACUUGCCGGUGCACAUGCCGCUCUACCUGGCGGUGCACUGCCCCGGGAGCUGCAGCUGGCGGCCGCCGCCGAAACUGGAACCACGAAAAGUCGCCCGGGCCAAACGCGACCGCGGCGAAAGGACGGAACGGGGGGAGCGAAGCGAACGAGGGGAACGGGG